AUGUCGGGUAUAGCUUAUUUUUUUAAACCAAAAAUAAGUGCAACAGAUUCAACAACAUCAACAACAGAAAAACGUCCUGGUCGACGUUCAAAAUCAACAAAAUCAUCUGAAACACCAAUAAUAAUUGAAAAAAAUAUUUCAUCAAUAGAAUCAACUAAUGAAUCUCUACCUGAAACAAAAAUAAUUCAUGAUGAACAAACAGAAAAUCCUCCAACACCCACACCAAAAAUAAAAUUAAAAUUUAAUUUACGUUCACAAUCUGUUCAAGAUACAUCCGAUAAUCGAAUAAUAACAAACAUAACACAUGAAACAAAUGAACUAUCAGCUGAUGAGUCAUCUGAUAAUGAAAUACCUUUAAAAAUUGAUGAUAAUAAUGAAAAUUUUGAUGAAGAACAAAAUUCACCAUUACCUAUUAAUAAACAUGAUGAAUCAUUAUUAACAAUAAAUUCACCAUCGAAAAAAAAACAACAAACAUCGCGUAAAAAAGUAAUUAGUCGUUUAAUUGGUACAACAGUUAAUACGCUUUCACUUGAUGAACCAAGUCCGGUGAAAAUUCCACCACAUGAAUCACAAUUUAGUGAAGUUAAACAAACAAAGUCAGGUCGAACUAUUAAAUAUACACCUUAUUUUAAAGAACUUGUUCAAGGUGCAACUAUAUCACCACCAUUAUCACCUGUUCAUUCAACUAUACAACCAAAACGUCCAUCAACAUAUUCGAAAAAAAAACAAACACCUAUUAAAGCUGAUCUUGAAGCUAUUAAAAAUGGAAGUUUACCAACUAUGGUUAAUGUUCAAGGAAGAAAAUCAUCAACUGGAUCACCUAAAAGUAAAAAACAGACAACACCAUCAGUUAAACGUGUUGGACGAGGAAGAAAAUCAACAACACCUAAAACUGUUUCAAGUGGUAAGAGACAAAAUUUUAUUAAUUAA